AUGACCCCACACCUCAGUGCUAAGCUGCUCAAGCCCGCCUCUCCCCGCCUGUUCGAUACUGCGGUCGAGGAUAGUGACGACGACAUGGUGUACUCGCCUUACUACCGCACUCCCCACCACCACCGGAGCUCAACCAGCUCCAAGCCACGGAGACGCUCUCAGCAGCUGUCUGCCGAAGUACGGGCAGAUAUUGUGGCCCGGGUGCUCGACCCUGCCUACUCUGGCCGAGCACGCGACAACUACUCUUCCCGAGUGUUCAUCGACCCCAACGGAGACGAGCAUGACCCCGACUACCAGCUCUUCCCCACCAUCUAUCCCGCACCCUCCCGCCACCGCCACACCGCCUCCUCUGGCUUCUUCCGCCGUGUCCCCAGCCAAGACGACCUCUCUACUCCCGAGGAGGACGACGACGCUGCCUCGAUCAUCGCCUGGACACGUGAGCGCGCUGCCUCGCCCUUUACUUCCUCUGGGUCCAGCGCUUGCACACCCUCGCCCCCACCCAACCCGCUUUCCCUGUUUGGCGACGACGAGUGGGACGAGAAGGAGUGGACCCGCGAGGUCGUAGUCCCCCAGCCCAGAAGCGCCGCAAGUCCAAGGCGGACCCGCGUCUAUGUCCCAACCACACCCCCCAUCCACCCCAUUCCCUCCUUUGACGAGCCAGAAUGCGAGUCGCCAGCCAGGCACAGCUCUGUCCAGCUCGUGAGGCAGGAUACCAUGGACACCACCGAUGAGACUCCUUCGUGCGGAUACGUUCUCCGUCGCCAAUGGGCCACAUUCGCAUUGCACACCCGUCUCUCUGCCCACCGCAUCGCUCGCAAGGCCCGUCGUGUCGUCUCGCCGACCCGUUCUAGACGCCCUCGACUUUCCAACCCCCCCUCGCUCCGCCAUGCCGGAGCCCUGGCCGACUAA